GUUUCUCCAAUUACUCUCCCACCUUCUCCUCUGAUUUUCUGCAGAGAAAUCACUCCUCCCAUACCAACCCACGCCCAUUAAUGCCACCAAUUUCUCUCCCUUCCCUAUAAAUUUUACAUGCACGCAAACACCACCUCUCAUACCCGAAAAUCACAGCACACAUUCACCUUCUGCUAGCUCCUAUCCAGAGAGAGAGAGAGAGAGCGCCCCUCCACCUCCUCCAUAACCACCGAACCCCCACCCCACACCACCCGAACCCUCCUCCAUCAAAAAUUAAGGGGGAGUCAAAUGGAAGGAAUUGAGGAGGAGCUAGACCCAAUGCAUAGUCCAUGCAUGAGGUGGCUUCAGUGAAUUUUAACACUCCGUAUUAAGAUUUCACAUUGUCUUUCUUUACCAGGGAAAACGUUUGCCCAAAUCUGUGUCGCGUAAGUGCAUAGGUAUAUGUCGGCCGGCCGGCAAAUGCGUAAAGAUAUGCCUCUUUUUUUCUUUUAAUUUUAAAUAAACUAGCUGAAAAGGAUUUACUAUCCAGCGUUCCCGGAGUACCAUGUGAUAUUGUCUACAUAGUACUCCCAACUAUUUACGUAGCAACAAUUAUCUAGAAAGAAUAUUAUCGCUCACUUUUGUUAGGGGUAGGAACACAAAUGACAUAAAAUUGUGCGACGAACGAUAUUUUAUUUGCAGGUUCACCUAGUACUCCAAAAAUACCCGAUAAUUGGCCUUGAAGAAGUCAAAAGAUCUUACUCAUUUAGGUAACUUUGAACAUCAUCUAUAUAUGGAUGCCACCAAUAUUAUCCAAUACCCAAGCCAUGGUGCUCAAGUGGAAGUGAUAGUAGUGCCCUUUCCAAUGCAUAGCCAUCUCGACCAACUCCUCCGCCUCUCCUGCCUCAUUGCCGCCCACAACAUCCCCGUCCACUAUGCCACCACCGCCACCCACCUCCGCCAGGCCAAACUCCGUUUCGAUUCCCAAACCUACCUCCAAAACUCCAACAUCCACUUCCAUGAAUUUCCCACCCCUCAUUUCCUCUCCCCUCCCCCCAUCCCAAAUUCCUCCUCCAAAUUUCCUUCACAUCUCCAACCUUCCUUUGAAGCUUCAGUGCACCUCCGCGAACCCACGGCAGCGCUCCUCCGCGAGGUCUCUGCAACCGCCAGGCGGGUUGUCGUAAUCCACGACUACCUCAUGGCUUAUGUGGUUCAAGACGUUGGUACCCUCCCCAAUGCAGAGUCUUAUAUGUUCUGUGCUGUUUCUGUUUUCCACUAUUCUCUUAGAGGAAUGAAGGACCAGAAUUCAGUCCAAGUACUACUUGAUCAAGAACUGAAAGGGAUACCAUCUCUUGAAGGAUGUAGCACUCCGGAGUUCCAAAAUCUUAUAUCUCUUCAAUAUGAUUUUCUCUCACUAGGAGCUGGAAUUAUCUUCAACUCAUGCAGGUCAAUUGAAGGUACUUACAUUGAUUUACUGGCAAAGGAAAUGAAUAGUAGAAACAAGAAAAUUUGGGCAGUUGGGCCAUUGAAUCAUGGCAAAACGAGUGACAGAAGAGAGUCAAAUAGCCGGCACAAGUGUUUGGAGUGGCUUGACAAACAAGUCCCUAAAUCCGUGUUAUAUGUCUCGUUUGGAACAGUUACUUCAAUAGCAGAUGAACAGAUCAAAGAGCUUGCGAUUGGGUUAGUACAGAGCAAACAAAAGUUCAUUUGGAUAUUGAGAGAUGCAGAUAGAGGAGACAUUUUUGCCGGAGAUGUGAAGAGAGCUCAACUGCCAAAAUGGUAUGAGGAAAGGGUGAAAGAGUUCGGAUUGGUGGUGAGGGAUUGGGUGCCCCAAGUGGAAAUUUUGGGGCAUCCAUCCACAGGCGGGUUUAUGAGUCAUUGCGGUUGGAAUUCAUGCUUGGAGAGCAUAACCAUGGGAGUGCCCAUAGCUGCCUGGCCAAUGCACUCUGACCAGCCUAGGAAUGCUUUUUUGGUUACAGACAUAUUAAAAGUUGGUGUGGCAGUUAACACAUGGGAAAAGAGAGAGGAAAUAGUGAAUUCAUCCACCAUAGCAAGAGCUGUGAAGAGUUUGAUGGCAUCAAAAGAAGGGGACGAGACAAGGAAGAGGGUGGAGGAGAUAGGCGAUGCCACUCGACUGGCGGUGGAAGAAGGUGGAAUUUCUCGCUUAGAGUUGUAUUCAUUCAUUGCCCGCAUAACCAGGGAGUAAAAUAACCCAUGAAUCGAAAUUUAUAGAAAUUUCAUUCUAAAUAGAUUCAAAAUGGUAUUUUGAGAUUUUUUUUUGUUUUUACUUGGCGAAAGUCGGUAUUGUCACUUGUAUGAGGGUACAUGGUGCCUACUACUUGGCUACCCCUUCACUGGCGUAUUUUGAUGUUUAUUGAGGUAGAUGUUUUAAUUG